CAACCACCCGUUCUCCACAUUGCUCUCUCUCUCUCUCUCUCUCUCUCUCUCUCGCUGUUUAAUGGAAAUAUGAGAGAACGAAUGGAAAGACUGGUUCUUCUUCCUUUCACAUUUGGUUGUGUUUCUGAGUCUAGCGUUGCUGUUGGUGUACAGCCGCCCAGAAGAUCAAAAUCAGACACAAUUCCAUCUCCAAUAAGAACUAAAGAAGUAGGAGAUGAAGAAGAGGAAGAAGAUAGCUUAUCAGGUGAAAGCACGAAGAACUCAUUUAGAUCCUUGUCCCUUCCAAAACCAAACAUAUCUACCAGUGGUAUUCACAGGCUCUUCAAGGGUUUCAAGAAUUUCUCUCAGAUAUUUGUGUACAAGGAUGAUGAUAUGGAAGAAGUAAUGGAAAUGGAUAUGGAAAUAGGGGGUCCCACGGAUGUGAAGCAUGUGACACACAUAGGCUGGGAUGGUUCUGCUUCUGCUGCAUCUGCAACGACUGACCCCAUUAGGGGAUGGGAUAAUCUCAUAUCUCCUGAUCUGCUCUCUGUUUCCCCUGUUUCUUGGAGCCAAUUUGAGCUCUCUAUGCCUUCCCAAGCUGAUGUUGCAGUUCCUCUCGUUAACGGCUCUUCCUCUUAAAUCGUCUAAAAGAGAUUGGUGGACUGAGGAUGUGAUUAUAUUUAAGACUAUAAAUCAAUGUCAUUGCCAAGUCCAAAUCGGAAUUCUAUAUCUCCCCCCUGUACUUACAUUUCCAUUAUGGUAGGCAGUACGUACAUUUCCAUUAUGGUUUUCUGAAGCUUUUUAAUGGUGUAAUGAGUGAUGAUGACUACUAUGUAUGGCUUUGUAAUUA